AUGUUUCCCUGGGCCCUCCGCUACCUCUCGGGGCCCCACCAGAAGAUAUUUCGGUACCAUGAGGCUGUGAAGGGCUUCAUCCGCCAUGAAAUCAUCAGGCACAAGCUCAGGGCACCUGAGGCCCCCAAGGAUUUCAUCAGCUGCUACCUGUCACAAAUCACCAAGGCCAUGGCUGACCCUGUCUCCACAUUCAACGAGGAGAACCUGAUCCAGGUGGUGACUGACCUGUUUCUGGGCGGUACCGACACCACGGCUACCACACUGCACUGGGCACUCAUACACCUGGUCCACCACAGAGCCGUCCAGGAGAGAGUGCAGCAGGAGCUGGACGAGGUCCUGGGCACUUCUCAGGCCGUCUGCUACGAGGACCGAGAACGGCUGCCCUACACCCGCGCUGUCCUCCACGAGGUGCAGCGUCUUAGCAGCGUCGUGGCUGUGGGUGCCGUGCGUCAGUGUGUGACGUCGACCUGGGUGCACGGCUACUACGUGCCCAAGGGUACCAUCAUCUUGCCCAAUCUGGCCUCUGUGCUGUAUGACCCCGAGUGCUGGGAGACCCCUCAACAGUUCAACCCUGGCCACUUCCUAGACAAGGAUGGAAACUUCGUGGCCAAUGAGGCCUUCCUGCCCUUCUCUGCAGGGCAUCGGGUGUGUCCUGGGGAACAGCUGGCCCGAAUGGAGCUCUUCCUGAUGUUUGCUACCCUCCUCAGGACCUUCCGGUUUCAAUUACCAGAAGGGAGCCAGGGCCUCAGGCUGGAAUAUGUCUUUGGGGGGACACUGCAGCCUCAGCCCCAGAAGAUCCGUGCCGUGCUUCGCCUGAGCAGCCUCAGCCCUAGAGAGGAGGGCCUGUAGUCACCUAGGAGUAAGCAGACCUGCCACUCCAGCCCGCCCCCUGCCCUCCCCCCAGACACACACACACAAAGAUCUGCAUGCAGUCUGUCAGCCCUAAAAACCAGAGACUAGGAAGAUGUGGGGUUUUACCGAGAUCAGCUGCCCAUAGUUCUCACACAAGCUCUGACCUUAAUCCCAGAAAAUGGACUUAGCAAGGAUCCAGCAACAGUAACU